UCCUCCUCCUCCUGCCGGGCGGGGCGAGGCUCGGCAGUCCCGGCGCGCUGCCGCCGCGUGGAGCCGCGCUGCGUGUUCCCGAUCCCAUAUCCCAUAUCCCCGAUCCUAUAGCCCAUAUCCCAUCUCCCCGGUCCCGGCUGGCUCCGCCGCCCCGAGCCGUGCCCCCGCUGCGGGCCGGCGGCGCGGCGAUGGGCGCGGGGCUGUGAGAGGCGCGGCCGGGAGCCGUGGCCAUGGGGAACAUCUCCUCCAACAUCUCCGCCUUCCAGUCCCUGCACAUCGUCAUGCUGGGCCUGGACUCGGCGGGCAAGACCACGGUGCUCUACCGCCUCAAGUUCAACGAGUUCGUCAACACCGUGCCCACCAUCGGCUUCAACACGGAGAAGAUCCGGCUCAGCAACGGGACGGCCAAGGGCAUCAGCUGCCACUUCUGGGACGUGGGGGGCCAGGAGAAGCUGCGCCCGCUCUGGAAGUCCUACAGCCGCUGCACCGAUGGCAUCAUCUACGUGGUGGACUCAGUGGACGUGGACCGGCUGGAGGAAGCCAAGACGGAGCUGCACAAGGUGACCAAGUUCGCGGAGAACCAGGGCACGCCGCUGCUGGUCAUCGCCAACAAGCAGGACCUGCCCAAAUCGCUGCCCGUGGCCGAGAUCGAGAAGCAGCUGGCCCUCCACGAGCUGACCCCUUCCACCACCUACCACAUCCAGCCCGCCUGCGCCAUCAUCGGCGAGGGGCUGACGGAGGGCAUGGACAAGCUCUACGAGAUGAUCCUCAAGCGCAGGAAGUCCCUCAAGCAGAAGAAGAAGCGGACAGACAAUAGUGGUGAUAACAAAGCGGCUCCCGCCAGCCGAGCCCAGAUCCCGGAGCUCCCCUCUCCCGUGCUCCUGAGGGUCUGAUCCGGACUCCCUUGGGCUGGAAACACGGAAAAAAACGGGAAAACCGGGAUGAAUCCCCCACCCCAUCUGCAUCUCCGGGACCACCACCGAGCCUUUGUGUGCCGGGGAACCAGCAGGGCAGGACCCUGCUGGAUGGAGCGCGUUCGAGCGGAGCCCAGCGUGCUUUUGGAUCUCUAGCGGGGGAUUUGGGGGUGUCGGUGCCAGCCCCACACACGCAUUUUGGGGCGGGGGGUGAGGAUGAAGCGUGGCUCGGCAAGGGGCUUGCAGCCCUCAUCCCUGCAUCCCCGCAUCCCUGCAUCCAUCCCUGGGAAGGGGUGUUGAAAGCUUGGACGGGGGGGGGGUUGGACCAGCAAAAAGAUGUCUUGGAGGGGUGGGUGUGAUGCGUGAGGGGACACCCACCCACCCUGGCUGGUGUUUUAGGGUGCAGAGCAAGGACGGGCAGCGUUUGGCUUGGGGAGGGGGGGGAGGAUGCGACACUGGGGUGCUGAGCGGCCGCUGAAUGGUGCAGAGCGCUCUUGGCUCGAAAAAAAAAAGGGUGACAAAAGGACCCGAGGGUUUGGGGUGAACGCUGCUGGGAGCUUUGUGGGGGGGAGGUUGUGCAGGACCCCCGUUUCUCACCUUCUGCAGCAGAGCCCCUGCCGGUGGGCAUUGUGCCCGUGCUCAGGGGGUGCUCCCAGGUGCGGCUUCGGAGGUGAUCCAAACCAGCAAACCCCCCCCCGCCAAAAAAAAAAAGCAGAAUUCGGGGUUCUGCCCGCUGUGCUGCUCCGCAGUGGGGCAGGAGGCCAAGUCAGGGAGGGUCACGGCAGGGCAGGAUGGAUGGACGGACGGACAGACACGGCCAGAGGCUGCAAAAAAAAUCUCUCUCUGCUGGAAAGGGAAGAUGGCAGGGGGGUGUAGAGGCAUGGGGGGGUUGUGUUGGGUUUCUAAUAAAGAUUCAAACGCAAUUGAAAGCCCCCAGCAGCCACAGGGGCAAGCUGUGCCUGCAGAGCAGCCGGGCCCCUGCUGCGGGUGAACAUUUCACACCUGCACGGGGCUGGGCACCAAAAUCCACUUGCUGCCCGUGUUUCAGGAUCCUGGCUUCCCACAGAGCUGAAGCAGGCAGCCCUCGGGGGCUGGCUAAACACGCUGAGAUUUGGAGGCAGGCAGGAUUUUCUGGUGAUUUUACACCAGCCCUUCCCAGAGCAGCCAAGGGGAAAGCGCCGAGCAGACAAAAGCCCUUCGGGUUUAGGGGGGUUGAUCCUCCCCUUGCAGCGACGAGCACCUUCCAAACAGCAUUUUGGGGUGGGGGGGGGCGUGGGGGUAACAAACAAAUGUUGCAGCCGAGUUGUUUCUUCUCCUCUCGUGGGAUUUGAGUUGCCGAUGUGUGUGGGCUGGUCCCAUCCCUUCAGGCGGCUCUCUUCCCGCUCCCUCGGGUUUCCCUGCUUUGUCUUCACCUCCAACACUUUGGUACUUGCUGUCGAGAGAGAGAGAGAGAGAAAGAAAGAAAAAAAAAGAAUUAUUUAUUUUUGAUGCCACAGAAGCCACAUGUAUUAACCCAUUUCUGGCAGAAGUGUAGAAGCUGCAUUGACCCCAGCAGCUCGAGGGCCAGCAGGUUGUAGGAAUGACACGGUGGUGGGGCUUUUUUACCUCCUGGUUCAGCAGAUGGAAAAGCUGGGUUUUUUUAUGGAGCUGGCUCCUUCCUGGGAGCCUGUGUUCCACCCACCCAGCUGAGCAUCCCCUUGGAGAGAUGGCAGAGGGCUGGGGGGCUCGGGUGGGACGCCGUGCCCGUGCCCUUCACUGCCCGCUCUGCUUCCUGCAAUAAUUAAAAAGACUUUUCCAACGAGCAGCUCCUGGCUUCCGUGGUGUUUCCAUAGUGUUCUCCCCUGUGUGAAGGUGAGCAUCACCCUCGGUGGGCUGCAGGAAUUGGGGCCCCAGCAGGGCAGCCCCCAAGGGGAACUGUCUGGGCUCUGUGCAUCCUCUCAGAUUCUGGAUGACCUGGGUUUUUUUGGCAGGUCUCACUCCCCCAGGUCCAUUAUCCAUGAUAUCCCAUGUCCUGCCCUUGCCAUUGUCCAUCAGUCUCUUGUGUUCCCUUUUUUCCUUUUUCUUUUGUUUUUUUUUAAAGAUGCAGACAUAACGCUGUGAACUGAAAUAAAUUAUUUAUACAAUGAAAGGGCCUGAUAAAAAAAAAAAAAAAAAACCAA